AUGGGUCAACCAUCUCAACCGGCGUCCAACGCCAUCAUCUACACCACUUACGCCGCUUUCCUUGUCUUCGGCCUCUUCGUCGCAUGGACGCUGCGGCACCAGACAAAGGGCGAGUAUCUCGCUACCUUGCGAACACAGAAGGGCAUACCUUUGGCUUUCAACUUCAUCGCGUCGGCCGUACUGAUCAAGUCCUCUAUUCUCGCCAAAACAGCUUUGGGUUCAGGUAUCUUAUUUUCAUACCCCCAGAUCUCCACCAUCGCGGGUGUCCAGGGCCUUGUGGUCUACAGUCUCGCCUCGGCCCUACCACUUCUUGUCUUUGCCUAUCUGGGCCCCAUUAUCAGGAGAAAAUGUCCCGAGGGGUUUGUACUCACGGAGUGGACACGCCAGCGAUAUGGAGCUAUUGCUGCCUUAUACCUCUCUGCUCUGACGCUCAUCACCCUUUUCCUCUACAUGGUCGCCGAGCUUUCUGCUCUCCAACAAAUCAUCAAUGCACUCACGGGGCUCAAUGGCCUCCCGGUCGUCAUAGUGGAAUGCGCCGUGACCACAAUCUACACUUCGCUAGGCGGCUUCAAAGUCUCUUUCAUCACGGACAACAUCCAAGGUGUCAUGGUGGUAGGUCUUCUGAUCAUUGGGUGCAUCACUGUCGGCGUGGAAACCCAUGUUCAACACGAUUUGAUUGAGAAGAGCGGAUACCUGAACGCAAGCUUGCUCGGCUGGCAAUUGGUAUAUAUCCUGCCCGUGGCGAUCCUCACGAACGAUUUCUUCAUUUCAGGAUUUUGGAUGAGGACGUUUGCAGCGAAGACGGAUAAAGAUCUCUGGGUUGGGGUUAGCAUUGCGACCGUGGCUGUCGCCAUCAUCUUGACACUUUGCGGCGUGUCUGGGCUUUUGGCAGGGUGGUCUGGCGCAUUGGGCGAUCCGCCUCAACAGUCGUCGAUCGCCUUCUUCCUGCUCCUGGAACAGCUUCCCGCUUGGGUCGUGGGGAUCGUGCUUGUCAUGACGAUUGCCCUGUCCACCGCCGCAUUCGACAGCUUUCAGUCGGCCAUGGUCAGCACAGGAUCCAACGACAUCUUUCGCAACAGGUUGAACCUAUGGAUUCUCCGAGCGACCGUUGUGUUGAUCAUUGUCCCAGUGGUGGUUGUGGCAUUGAAGUCUCCCUCCGUGUUACAGAUCUACUUGAUCUCCGACCUCAUCUCCGCGUCGUCGAUUCCUGUUUUGGUCAUCGGUCUCAGUGACCGAUGCUACGCUUGGCGCGGGUUUGAAGUCGUCGUCGGAGGCCUGGGCGGUAUAUUGACUGUCUUCCUGUUCGGCCUUGUGUUUUACAAGGGUGAUGCCAGCGCCGCAGGGGCUCUUCUGUUGCUGGAAGACGGCCUCUACGGGGACGAUUGGUCAGCCUUUGGGGCGUUUGUGGCUGCCCCUGUGGGUGGACUUCUGUGGGCACUGGGUGCGUUUGGAUUGAGGCUCGCUGUCCAGUGGUGCACCGCGAAGAUUCGAGGCACCAAGUUCGAUGCGCUGGAUAAGCCCGCGGCGCCGACGGCCAGCUUCUACACUGGGAGAGUCAGCUCUCCCACGGGCGACUCUGAGAGAGAGGUCUAUGCUGACGAGGACGGAGUUGUGAGGAGUCAAGUCGAAGUCAAGGGCAAGUUCUUUUAA